AUGGACGAGAAAGUACCUGAGAACUCCGUACAGUCGGAGUAUACUCAAGUGCCUCGCGAGCGUCUGGCGCCAGGGACGGUAGCAAAUUUCCCUGGCUCUCUUGUGGCCAAUCAUCUUGGUGGUACCCUCAAAGCUACGACUUAUCCACAAGACAAAGGAAGGCUAGCCAAUUGGGCCGCCUACUUCAGGGAAGGGUGGGACGAUCCUGGGAUAUGGAAAAGCGCUUUCGUAGAAGCGUUCGCCUCAUUCCUUCUUUGCUACCUGAGCGGCAUGAUUGACAAGACCAUUACGAAUUUUGGGACUUCGCAGGCUCCGGCAUAUGCUGGGGUCGUUAACAUCUUCCUUCUGACUUUGUUUAUCAUGGCAUUUGCGCCUGGCUCUGGAGGUCAGUUCGAGCAGUCUGGGCCACAUCAAUCCCAUCAUCACAUUCUCAACAAUGACCGUGGGUUUGACGGGUUUCUCACGAGGUAUUUCCUCAUAUUCCACACGAGGCACAGGAAGGAACGCUUACCGAGCGCAUCAGCCAUACUCUACAUGAGCGGCCAACUUCUGGGUGCCGGGCUGGCUGGUGGCGUCCUUCGUGGUGCCUUUGGCGCAGACCGCUCAAUCGAGUCAGUAAUGUCCAAGUCCUCGGCGCCUCGGCUCUGA